AUGGCAAGCCAAGGCUCUAACGUGGCAUUGGUUGCCGACAACCAGCCAGCGCUGAAUGAGUGUGCCCUCAGCAAGCCGGAACCUGCUCCAAACCAAGUCCUCGUUAAGAUUAGUCACGUGGCGCAGAAUCCAACAGACGUUCAGUCUUUUGACUCCAAGACCUUUGGAGAAGGAGCAGUGUACGGCUGUGAUUUUGUGGGCAAAGCCGUGCAGCUCGGUUCCGAGGUGACUCGCGUUGAGGAAGGCGAUGUGAUUGCGGGAGAGGUUCCUGGAAUCGGGGCUUACAGCCACUUCACUCUGGCUGAUGAGAAGAUUUGUUUCAAGCCACCAUCCAACAUCACGCCAUCUGAGGCUGUGACAGUGCCUCUUGCAGCCACUACUGCUUGGCUGGCGCUGUACUCAAAGCAAUGUCUGAACAUGAACCGCAACAAUCCUCAAAGCGUCCUGAUCUGGGGCGGGAGCUCAAGCGUAGGACAAUACGCCAUACAAUUGGCGGCAUUGUACUCCUUCGACGUGAUCACAACAUGCAGCUCCAAGAACUUCGAGCUGGUCAAGAAACUUGGUGCAAAGCAUGUCUUUGACUACAAGUCAGAAGAUGUGAUUGACAGAAUUAAAGAAGUAGCGCCAGAUCUGACGUUCAUAUUCGACACUAUUGGGUCUACAACAUCCUCUGGGACCGCGUCGAAGGCUGUCACGGGGCGUGGAAGGCUGUGCACUGUUCGUCCCGGGAAAGCCAACACAGAAAAUUUAGCAAACAAUGUGAAGGUGACCGAUGUGCUUGUAUGGACCGCGUUCUUGAAGGACCACUCGUAUGGCAAAUUCCACUGGCCUGCUUCGAUGGAUGAUCACUUGCUGGCAGCCGAGCUUUACGAGAAACUGCCCGAGUGGCUGGAGAGUGGAAAAGUCAAGCCAAACGCAGUUCUAGCUAUGAAAGGGCUUGAUUCUGUCAGUCGUGGGUUCGAGUUGCAUCGUCAGGGCAAAGUGUCGGGACAGAAGAUUAUUUACGAGAUCUAG